AUGACUAUGCGUCUGGCCAGACGGCAGGCAUGGAGGUCUCCGGGUACGAAAUUCGGACUCCGGACAGGCCGCGCCUCCGCGUACGGCGUUGAUAGAUUUAUUUUUUUCCUGGAAUUGCUCCGGGCGCCGCGUAAGGUCUUACCAACCGCGCCCAUGCACUUCGUUCACCGACCGCGGUCCAGGUGUCGCUCGUAUGUGCGUGGGGCAGUGGGCCCGCGGGUCGCUCUCCAGGGGCACAAACAUGCCCGACAGCACGAGCAAGGCCGCGACACACUUUCCCGGCAAACAGUCCAGCCGGCGAGGCAGACCCGGGCGGCCGGC